CCAUUCUUUCAUUCGGUUGGGAGACAAAGUGCGGCGUUUUCAUGGGCCUUGUGGAUAUCUUGCCUUUUCGCAGCUUCUAUUGUAGGCAGUUUACAAAUGGUUGUAUUGUUGUAAGCUAAUUUGUUUGAUCGCGCAAUUCCAAAAGUGCAGUUGGAUAACCAACUGCUCACUACCGAAGGCCAAGCUAUAUCUGGAUUGCUGUAUUUAACACGUUUCUUUUAACCAGUCAUUUUGCUCUGGUCAUCUGAGUCAAUUGUUCGCGACUCGACAUCUGUUUUACGCCAGUUUUAAGAGGUUUCAUUUGGUAGCUUAUUCCUUUUUAAAAAUAUUAGGACUACUUUUUAAUUUCGAAUCAGCAUUUUUGUUUUACAAUGGCGACCGCAACUUCAACUCCGGCCGGGCAAAGAAUAAGCUCCCGCACUGCCGGCAGUACUCCUCUGAGCCCCACGAGGAUAUCCCGGCUGCAAGAGAAAGAGGAGCUCUGCAACCUGAACGACCGACUGGCCAUUUACAUCGACAAAGUCCGAAGUCUUGAAUCCGAAAAUAGCGUUCUCCAUCUGCAAAUCAACGAGAAGGAAGAAGUCAGGAGCCGGGAGCUUACGGGUUUGAAAUCACUGUACGAAACCGAGCUCGCAGACGCCAGGAGAUCCCUCGAUGACACGGCCAGAGACCGCGCGAGGCUGCAGAUCGAAUUGGGAAAGAUCAAAUCCGAGCACGAGCAGUUACUACAGACUCAUGCCAAGAAGGACACGGACCUCUCAGGCGCCCUGGUACGGUUGAAGGACCUGGAGGCGCUGCUCAACUCCAAAGAUGCAGCCCUGGCCAAUGCGCUGUGCGAGAAGAGGGCCCUGGAGGCGGCCAUGGCUGACCUGCAAGCCCAGGUCCAGGAGCUGGACGCAGGCUUGAUCGCAGCCAAGAAGCAGUUGGGGGAGGAAACUCUGCUCCGCGUGGACCUGGAGAACCGUUGCCAGAGCCUGAUGGAGGAGCUGGAGUUCCGCAAGAACAUGUUUGAGGAGGAGGUAAAGGACACUCGUCGCAGCCACGAGACGCGUCUGGUGGAGGUGGACUCUGGCCGGCAGGUGGAGUACGAGUACAAGCUGCAGCAGGCCCUGAUGGACAUACGCCAGCAGCAGGAGGAGCAGCUCAAGCUCUACAAAGAAGAGAUGGAGUCCACCUAUGUGGCCAAGCUGGAGAACGUGCGUCUGUCGUCGGAGAUGAACAGCGGCGCCGCCAGCAUGGCCCGUGAGGAGCUGAAGGAGUCGGCGCUGCGCGUGGAGAGCCUCGCCGCCCAGAUGGCCAGCAUGCAGAAGGAGUCUCGUGGCUGGCAGGAUCGCAUCACCGAGCUGGAGUCAGCCCUGGCCCACGAGCGCGACACCAGCCGACGACUGCUGUCCGAAAAGGAGCGCGAGAUCGCCGACAUCCGCGCCAAGAUGCAGCUGCAGCUGGACGAGUACGAGCAGCUCCUGGACGUGAAGCUGGCCCUCGACAUGGAGAUCAACGCCUACCGCAAGCUCCUGGAGGGAGAGGAGGAGAGGCUGAAGCUCUCCCCCAGCCCGUCGUCUCGUGUGACGGUGUCGCGGGCGUCCUCGUCGCGGAGCGUGCGCACCACGCGGGGCAAGAGGAAGCGCGUGGACGUGGAGGAGUCGGAGGCCAGCAGCUCGGUCAGCAUCGCCCACUCGGCCUCGGCCACCGGCAACGUCUGCUUCGACGAGCUGGACGUGGACGGCAAAUUUGUCCGUCUGCAGAACACCUCCGAAGAGGACCAGGCCAUGGUGGGCUAUGAGAUGACCAGAGUGAUCGGCGACGCCUCAGCCACCUACAAAUUCACCCCCAAAUACGUCCUCAAGGCCGGGCAGAAAGUCACUAUCUGGGCCUCCAAUGCUGGUGUGAGCUCCAACCCCCCCACUGACCUCGUCUGGAAGAGCCAGAGCUCCUGGGGCACCGGAGAAGACGUGAAGGUCGUGCUGACUGACCCUCAGGGAGAGGAGGUGGCUGUGAGGAGUACAGUGUUCAAGACAGCCAUUGCUGAAGGGGAGGAGGAGGAGGAAGAGGAGGACGAAGACGACGAUGACGAGGGUGUGGAGGUAAUGGAGGAAGAUCUCUUCCACCAGCAGGGAGAUCCCCAUCCUGCCAAAAGAGGUUGCUCCAUCAUGUAAUCUCAUCCAACCACCUCCAGACCACUCACCUCAUCCUCCAACAACUCGUCACUGCCAGCUGCCAACCCUACCAUCACAGAACUAUUUUUAUACCUUUUUAGUGAUUGUAAAAACAAACACUUUUUUUUUUUUUUUAAGGUUUAUUUUUUGGUGACAUAGUACAUUUUUAUUUUUAUGUGACUCAUAAUUUCACAGUACUGGGCUUUGUAUGAACCAAAUUAUAAUUUCUAUUAUUAUUAUUAUUAAUAAUAUGUUUGUUUUUAUCAGAGGGGAGGACUUUUUUUGUAGCACAAAAAAAAAAAAAUUGGAACAUCUGUGACCAGAGGCAGCUUUGUGAAAUUGUCAGUUCCUUCAGGUGCUGUGACUAAAACACUUCUCAGUAUCCCUGCUCUAUUUCUACUCUUAUGAAGAAAUUUAGGAUUUUUAGAAAGUAUUGAUUUUUUUUUAUAGGAGCUUCUUUCUCUCGAUAGUCUUAGAAGGUUAAGAUUUUACAUGCAUGCGAGUGAAAUGGAAAAUAAAGAUCAAAGUUUGUAAAGCGUUUUUUUUUUUUUCAUUUUUUUUCCGUUAUUGUAUCUAAUUGAGACUCCAUCUUAACAAAAGAUCAAGAAAUCUACAGCAUUGAGCAUUUUUGUUUGCUUUGUUUUUGAGGACAGCGAAAUUGAUUGUCUUGAAAACACAAACCACUAGUUACAAAUGUGACGUCUAGGACCUUCUGCGCUGAUGAACGUAAACCCUUCAUCUUUCACCACAAUAACUACAGGGAUCACCGAUGAUAUAUGCCUCAAUUGGUUAAGUCAUGUGCACCACAGACCUGCAGAUAGUACUGUAAAUCUAUAAUGGUCAUUAAGACUAAAAGCAUGUUUUUAUUAAUUUCUUUCUUUUUCAUUUGAUAAUCAUUGUCAUACUCCACUGUACCGGGCUGAAGGGACCCUCCUUCAAGAUUUGGCAGGGUUUCUACUAGACCCGAAGUUUGUAGCUCCUGUUAAAUAUGAUUUCAGUAGGUAAACCUACGGAGUUUUCUAGUCUACUCUGAAAAAGAGAUCCAUUACUGGACUCAAAACCUGUACCUACACUGUCGACUCCAAAUUCUGAAUUUUACAGUCAGCAACUGGUGUAACACUACAAGAUAAUCAGUCUUCUUGCGCAGUUGUGAACGGGGAUGAACUGCAUGCAAUAAGCUAAGGAAGCUGAUUCCAAUGUCUUCUUUAUGCCAAAGUCCCUCUUUGGCUGGAGAUUUCUGAAAAAAAUGUGAUUGUCUAUUUGUCUUCUUAUACAAGCCGCCGCGUUGUAUUCCUUAUGCCUAUUGGAUUGAAAGAUAACCAUUUUAUUAGGUCUGUGGGUUUUUGUCAGGGUGUCAGUUAACUUGCAUGCAUUUUAUUUUUUUGUUUUAUUUUUGCGUUGCUGUAACCUUAACAUUUAAAAUUCUAAAUAAACUAUUGAUUUGUUGUAUUUUC